AUGGACGUCGUCCACCAUUCAGCGUUGUUCCUUGUUGAGCAAUCCUUCUUGACGACACCGACAAGUACGAACCUACCACUAAGACGUCGCGGCGGCCUCUUAUAUAGAUCUCUCUAUGAAAUAAAUCUCGGACUUGUUCUGGCUCUGUGCUUUCUGCACAAUCGAAAGAUCGCUGGUCUUGCACUGCCACCCGACUCGGUGCCGUCGACCAAGUGCGGUCUGCGAUCAGGACGUUAUCCAGAUCUCUGGAUGUAUGUUCAUUUUAUCUCUGUAACCAUGGUCGAUCCAAUUCACCUCGUUGCGAUCCUCUUAAAUCUCGUUUUCAAACGUAAAUGGGGUAUAUCUAUGCGGCAAUCUACGUAUAAUGAGAUGAUUCACCUCGGUCCUCUAGAAAGGGAUGUCCGAGUCGCGGAACAGCGUCGAUAA